AUGCGCCUUGUUACCACUGUUGCAUCUCUUCUACUUGGUGGCCAUCUGGCUACAGCAAAACCUGUUCAAUAUGCGACUACUCAGCUUGUCAAUAGUACCGCAUGUUCGAAUGUUCAUAUCAUGAUUGCGCGUGGUACUACAGAGUCCUACCCAGGCUCCCUGGAGACUUUGGCCGAAUUAAUUAGUACAUAUAACGAUAAAACAACCUACGAGAACAUCAUAUACCCUGCGACCGAUGAAACAACCACCAACAGCUAUCACGUUGGAAAGAAAGCUUUUGAUAAACAGCUGACUCAAUUCGUAAAGCGUUGUGGAAACACCAAAACCAAGCUCGUAGUUCUUGCUUAUUCCCAAGGGGUUAUGGUUGUUGCCGACACCCUUGCUGGUGGCGGAGGUGACGCAACUUUGGGCAAUUUGACUGCCCCAAUUGACGUUGACAUUGGGAAACAUAUUGAUGCUCUUGUCUUGUACGGCGAUCCACGACAUGCCCCUUACCAACCCUAUGAUGAAGGGUUCAACACUUCAAGUGUAACCGGAAAAUAUCCUCGCCCAAACUUCCAGGUUGAACACCUAACAAAGUACUACGGGAAUGUCAUUCAAGACUACUGUAAUGUUGGUGAUCCGGUUUGCGCUAGUGGAGGCAACAUUACAGCUCAUCUGGUCUAUCCUGAGAUUUGGGAUACUACGGCUGCUAGCUGGGUUCAGGGAGCACUGGAUAAAGCUUGUUAA